AUGUCAUUCGUUCCCAUGGAGGAGGAUAUCCGCUUUAGAGGGCUCCAGGCCAGCCGGACUGCCACCUGGAAGUACCUCGUCUCAGUCUUUUUGCGUUGGGUGGUCACUUUGCUGCUCAGCAUAGCCAUCUGGAAGAUUUUGUGGUUCUAUUCCGAGGCAAUGGUCAUCAUGGCAAAACCAGCCACGCGCGACUUUAAUGUGUGGAUUACAGGGCUCACUAUCGCUCUCGGGUUGGCAUUUGCUGGUAGUCUCGACAAGUUGGCAAGAGAUACACGGUGGUGGAUAUUGUCCCGUCGACACCGAUCUCGCAGAAAGCUCGAAGCUAUCUUGGAGGCUGAAAACGUGCUAUCUGUUUUACAGAUGGCGUUUAGCUCUCGACGUAUUACUAUCCAAGUCACCGCGUGGUCCUGGUUCCUCGUGUUCGUGGCCUCGCAAAUCGGUCUUGCUGUCCUGGGUCUAUUCUACUCAGUGGAUGUUUCAGACAAACUUGCCCUGCAAGUGAUACCUGGCAAUGUAUCGAUAGCCAACAUGUCUGCUGUUCAGCCUCUUGGAUUCGUCUUCUCUGACAGCCAGUCCAGAAGCGAUCAAGAAUAUGCAGCCAACAUGUACGGUGCCAUGUCGCUCACAUACUUGACUGGAGUUCGUGGCCUCGAACCCCAGAUAGGCGACCUACGACUCGCUUCGGACCCAGAUUUGUUCUGCGACAUUAACGGAUGCGACUUUAUGUUUGUCGAAUCCUCAGUACCGUCAGAUCCAGAGAAAGAAUUGGCCGAGAUGUCAUCAUGGCAACCAAUAAUGGUAGCCACGCCACGCAAGAUGGCCAUAUCUACGAAAUGCGAGAGCUACCCCGUCAUUAGUGGCGGCGACGGGUCAUCUACAGAGAUUGAGUAUCGAAAGAAUGCAACCAGCGGCAAGGGUCAGGAAACUGUUCGUGUCGGAGUUCCUUUCACCGCCGAGACUGACCAGACAAUCUUCAUUACCAACACAUCCACCACCUGCGGCUCUGGUUGCAGCACUGUUAUGGCUCUUGAGACAUCGGCCAAAGACCCCUGGUUUUAUUCAUGCAACACAACCGUCGGCGCCGUUACCAAUGGGACGAUACCAGAACACCAGGUCCCGGAAUACGUUCGUGUUAUGGUAUCUCAUGCCAUCGCCCUUCAAGGCUUCUCAGCCAACUCGUCAUUUAACACCUCCGACCUACAGUACCUAGUCUAUCCAGCCCAGUCGCCGUUUAGAACACCUCUCCAAGGAACGGUGCAGGCGAUAGAACUCACAGUGUCGCGCUUCGCAGCAGGUGUCAUUGCAAUGAUGGCAAAGGUCAAUGACGCUAUCGUGGUCGAUGGACUCCCGCCGACCAAAGGGUGGAGUCUCAACGUCGACCACUGGGACUACAUCUUGAUCAUCUUGGCUGUUAUCGUGUGGUUCCAGUUCGCGUUCAGCGUAGUUGUCGCUUUUAUGGCCACGAGGGUGGUCAUGCCUCAUGGAGGGGCGACGUCCAUGGCAAAGGUGCUGUGUGCUAUGGCGGCUGACGAUGACCCUAAUGGGACUGAUUGGAUAUACCGAAGCAGGAAAGUUUCCGCUGACGGAGUUUACGACUUGUAUCUUGAAGGGCGUCCACGUGCGGAGCAACAGGGCAAAAGCUUUUGA